AUGGAACCUUCAAUGGCUUCAGAAUUGGUCGUCAAACCAGACCAGAAUGAGCUGCUACAAAUGCACUCCAUGCCACCUUGGAAGCGCUAUGAGUCCGAAGAAGAGGACGUAUCCGAGACAGGUUCACAGAGCGUCUUCUCGCCCACCGAGGGUGAUUUAACCCACGAGUCUGACGCAGACUCUGUCAACGAGGCAGAGUAUGUCGACGCUGAAAUGCUGGCUCCAGCAGUCUACCAGAAACUCACCUCGGACGAUUCAUCCAGUCUAUAUUCACAUCGUCUGUCAAUCAUAACGGCAAAGCGUAGCAGUGCGGCAACCUGCGUUCCCACGCAGCAUGGACAAGAUACAUCUACCGACGACAGUGAAGAUGUGUCUCCUUUAACUGAAUACAUGACACCGCCUGUUUCACCAAUCUACUUAUCAGCUGUAUGCUAUGUACCAGAUGGAUCUGAAAGCUCGUCCCGAGACGAAUCAUCUGCAGACGCCGAAGAUAACGACGAAGAUGAAGUGCACGAAGUCUCCGAAGCUAAGCAGGUGUUUUUUACAUCACCAGCUUCUAAACCGAGCAUCGUCAUGAUCCAGAGUCCUACUACUGAAGCUAUUUUAACUGCUCGAAUGGGCAAUCCGGUUCAGUCGCAGCAAUCUACCGACCAGGAUAAACAAGAAGGGUCUCCAUUUAAUCUUCGCAAAAGAUCGUCUACCAAGAGAUCUUCAAGUGCGUCAGGAAUGACUACACCAAUGGACCGCUCCAAGCGCUACUCGGCCAUGUUCUACCGAGAUUUUACCCAGAACGGCGAAGUGACAUACUCUGAUGCCCGGAGUCAUACACGAGCCCAGUCCUCCCACAGUCCCGCACGCAACUCAUCACGUCCAAGGGUAGGUCCACGAAAGGACAGCCUCAUCAGCAACGCAACAGACUCUUCCGAAACACGACAAUCACGACCACGACGAAUCCCAUCCCAACGCUCCUCCUCCAGAGGUAGUCGCUACGCCCCGGACUACGAAUCACCACGGAACUACUCACGACCACGCUCCAUACGCAGCUCAAGCGUUGCCAGUGACAUGACAUCCGCAAGCUCAGCAUCAUGGAAACGAAUCCACGCACACAACUGGUCAAACAGUUCCCUCCAAUACCCGAGUUCAUCCUCCUCCAUCGCCGACCAACCAUCCUUAUCAUCAUCGUCGUCGUCGUCACCACCGCAAUCAGCAGGCGAAAACGAAUCGAAACAAACCCCUCACCCACUAUCAAUCAUCACAACACCAACAUCCCCCACAACCGCCUCUCCAGAUUUCCAACAAUCACGCUUCACACCUCAGCAGCAACAACAGCCGCAGUCAGCAAUAACCUCUCACAGCAGCGACAUCGACUGGUCCCCCGUCGAAUACCGACGAUCAUCUACAACUCCUUACCAAAAGACAUUCCCCUACUCCCGCCCCCGCAACCCUUCUCUCUCAUUGACAUCAGCUCUCGCCACCGCCUCGAGUGAAAAUCUGACUGAAUACGCAUCAUCGCCGCGAAGCCGAAGGGGCUCAGUCGCCACCACAUCUACAACGACGACAAGGACGAGAAAGUCAUCGAUAUCGGCUGUCAUGUCAGCUGCAGUGGGCUCUAGCAAAUCAUCGGGCCAUUCAACGAGUACCAUGAAGAUGCUGAUGGGCGGGUUCAGGGGGCUAGGAAAGCAGCGCACGAAUCGGCUGUCAUAG